GUUGCCGAGCUCACGGAGAUCAUCAGCAAACUGCGCAGCGAGCGCAGCGAGCGCAGGGCAAAUGGGUCCUGGUCAUCUUUGUGGUCAGCAAUGGAGUUACACAACCUGAACGUCAGUUGUGCUGAACACUUUGCGGGAAGAAAACUUGCUGUGCUAUGCGAGUGCCUUUUGAAUUACAGUAUGGCAAUGUCGGAAAUGCUAACGGAGGAGCGAUGUGAUGUCCUCCGCUUGGUCGUUGAGAUUCGAAGCUGCGAAAGAGUGGCGAAGCGUUUCAAGGGCCAAAAGGUGCCGUUGACAGAUGCCAAUGAGCACUGGCGGCAUGAACUCGAUGAUUGGCGAGCUCUGUUGGCUCCUUUCUCAUGGAAGAAUUCGCGCGCUUCUGUUAUGAGUCAGGCCUUGCUUGCGGCAGAUCUUUGCGAGCCCCUGACAAAGCAUGUUGACCUUGUACGCUCAUUUGAAUAUCUCCGAUGUUUGGGCGGAGGACUAAUCGACGAAGAGAUGCAAAGUGCCAUCAAGAAGCUGCAACAACAUGGAGAAAAGUACUCCUGUUGGAAAGCCAGUGAGGUCUCAGAAGCAGUUCUCACGGCAUACCGCAAGAGCGUGAUUUUUGCCCGGACAGCAGCUGUGCUGCCAAAGGAUGUCCUGGAUGCUGAAGCCACUGCAAAGGCACGUGGAUCACUUCAUAGCGCUGCAGAAGCCAUGGGAUUUUUGCCCUCGGCUUUGACGGGAAAGAUCCCACUGCCAGUGCUUGGGCACUUGGCUGGGCGACUGCUCUCUCUGGCGGAGCAAGAGGGGAAAGCUCAGCAAGAUUCAGAUCUGGUCCAAAAGCUUUGUCGGAGCCUGGCCGAGACGGCACAGAUGUGCAAAGACAACAUCUCUGAGGCUCCACACCAGUUGUGUCUGAACUUUCUCCUUCAAGUCGGCAAGGAGUAUUUGACACGUGCAACGCCGCGGCAGGGCACAUGUGGCACAUAUCUCAAUUUUGAACUCUUGGUUGGUACGGCUGGCGGAUCUUCCAUGCAACUGUUGCGAAAUUUGGAGACGCACCCAGAAGCCCAGCGACUCUUGGGCAACAUGGCGUUGUCUGAACUGCUCCAGGUGGCUUCGUUGAUUCAAGAAGCACACGGCAUGGUUCACGGAGACAAUCUCCCAUUUGCUCAUGCUGGUCUACAACGAUGGCUGGCACGCUUGAAAGUCGACUCGUCUCUGCAUCCAGCAGAUAUGAGCGAGCUCAGUGCAGCUUUGGAGGAUUUCCUCAAGCAGAACUAUGCUGCUCGGAUUGCGGGUCAGGAAGAAGCCCUACCAUCGUGUCUACUACGAGUGCUGCAACGCUUGGAAACAGGCCUGGAGAUUGAGGGCGAUGAGUCUGCCUCUGCGAUUUGUCCUGCAGGAGGAGAAAAAGUUGUAGAACGGCGUCGGCCUGAAAAUGUGAAGCAGAAGGUUAUUGCUUGCUUCGGGCAAAAUGGUGGGCUGGCGACUUCACCUGUUGUGGUUCGCUGCAUUCCUAUAGGACUGAAGUCCAGAGCUGCCUCCGCUUCGACAGGCGCCAUUGUCGGACGGGAGGAGUAUGAGGUGAGGGAAGUUGGGCUUCGGAGUAGCGGCAUGUACCGCAUGGCGGAAACAGGACUCAGUGGACAGGGGGGCCUGUUGGACAUGCUUGAGGAUGCCACUGUGAUGCAGUACCAAUGGGUACCUCCUAGUGAAGUCCGGGAGGAUUCAUACACCUUGCAGCAGAUCUUGGUCACAGCUACUCAUGUACAUCUACAGCUGCCAGCCUUGAACCGCGAUGCGGAGGAGUUGUUGAUCGACUUGCAGACCUCUCAGGUCAUUGGGCACUCGUCCUGGUAUCAGGUGCUUCCACAGCACCGCUUCGCUCGCGAUUCAGCCGAUGCCUCCGGUGGCUUCCGACGGCUCAGCAUGGGGAUUGGUCCCGGCCUGCGAUUGCCUUUGCCUCGCAAUCUCUUUACAGCUUCCACCAGUGGCGUUGUGGAAACUGCUGAGGUCUUGGCCAGUCUUCUGGCGAUUUGGUUUAGCCAACGACACAGCCUGGAGGACGUUUCCACCGCCAUCCGUCAACAGCCUUCCUUGGUUUACUUCACCUCCAUUGGUCUGCUCGAGCGCUUUGAUGAACUUGGAAGUGUGUUCAUUCAGGCUCUGAAGAAGCAUUGGUCUGGACUUCUUCAGCAGUUCAAUCAGUCAGAAACAGACAGCCAUGUGGUGCCCGAAGUCAAGGAGAUACUGCUUGAACUUCUGUUGGCGGGACCAAAUGACAGGCUGGCAGCGGUCUUGCCAGCCACACACCUGAACGACUUCUGCAGCCUGGUGAAACAUACCAAGCUCUCCUUGGAACUUUUGGCCGUGGAGCGCUUUUGCUUCGAGGCGGCGUUGGAGAGGAUCGCCUCGUUUCAGCACUCCACCUUGACAUUCAUCUUGAUCGAGAUUACGGGACAGAUUUCUGCCUUGCAACUUAGUGAGCUAAUUCGAACAGCUUGCGGCUCAAUCCGGCUCGUCUUCAGUUGGUAUCCUGGACUCCUUCCCAAGCUUGCUUUAACCUUGUCGCUUGGCAACGUCUUGUUACCAAACUCCUUGAAGGAGGUGGAUUUUAGUUCUCGGUCAGCGCCCACCACGUACCGUGAUACAUUCGCGUUAGGGCAAGCCACCUUGGCAUGCCAGAAAAUGAAGCCCGUGGAGAUGAGUCCUUUGGAUGGCUUGGAUACACUCUUGAAGAGAGAUGGAAGCAAGGCUGUUUCCUGUCCUCGAAUUGAUUGGGCAAGAAAUCUGAAGGAAUCCCAAUCUUUUCUGAAAGAAGCACACGCAUGGGCGGAUCGGGAAGAGAAGUGGCGAAGCCACCCUCAUCAGCCUCAAUCAACGCUCCUGCUGCUUGUUGCUUCUGAUGAGGCUCUGAUCCAGCAGAGAUAUGCACAGAUGGAUGGAGUGAAAUGUUUCCGAUUGAAUCAUGCAGAACGGCAGGUGUUGGCUCCGGUGGAGUCGCUUCUCGACCGCUUGGCUCACCAUGGAGAUCAAAGCAUGUCAUCCAAGCUACCAAUUAUCGUCCUCUUGGGAGUUGGAUUUAUCACGCCCAGCAAGCUGGAGGAUUUGGUGGCCCGGGCAUAUGUUUGCGGAGUUCGUGUUGUCUUGGUCGCUCCAGAGCCUCUCGCAUUCUUGCGAUGCAUUCGCGUGACCACUCGCCUUGGCACAGAGUACCUGCAAGCCACCAUAGUUCACGUUCGAGGUGCGCCCAACAUCGACUAUGACACACUGGCCACUCCACCAUCUGCAAAGCACAGCAGCGACUUCAUGCGAGCGCUACAACUGGUUUUAGGACAAGUUUUGCCCAGCUCACCUCCAAAUAGCCUCUUACUUGCGAUCAAGGCCAAAGACCCAGCUGCUUGCGGAGCAGCUUUGGCGGCGAUGCCAGCUCCAGCAGGCAGACAAAUCUUGCGCGCAGACGUGGCAGCCGACCUCUGCGCGGGAAUUCUCCAUAGCCUUGGCCAUGAAGGUACCCAAAGUACAAGUCAGGGCACUGCCUUCGAUACAAGAUCGCUGGCAUAUGCCACAGGAUGUUUGGUCGCAAACUUUGUUUUGAGAGGUGCUGCAAUGGAACUUGAUCACAAGGUUUGGGAUCUGAGCUUCACGGACUUCCGCGCCCAUUCUCCGGUGUGUAGGUUCCUGGAUCAGGUAUGUGUGCUUGAGUCCUGGUGUCGCUAUUUGGACUUCGUUGGCUUUCAGGUGGAACCGCAGAAAGUGCAUCAAGCAGAAGGAUCCUGGUUUUGGCCAAGUCAAAAGCCCGAACGUCGCUUUUUGUCCCAAUGGGACUUUGAGAACAACACGCACUCCACGGGCAUCGAGGACUUGCUGGAGCAAGCAACUGCAAGACUCGAAUCUUCUGUUGAGAAUUGGGAGGUGCCAACUGCAGCUUAUUGGGGUUCUGGCCCUGCACAUCAAAGCGAAGAUCCUGAAGAGGUACUGGAACGGCAGUGUCUACAGAAUCGCGAACUGGAUUGGGCAUCCUUCUCGGAAUCGUGGCGCACAGCUUUGGACAUCAAACCAGGUCUAUUCCUUCAACUUGCAGGUCUUGGCGUGGACACGUUGCGUUUAUUCCUCUGUCUACCACCUUCUCGGGCCAUUGAACUUGGUCUAACAUAUUUGCAUGGCGACCUUGGGACACCACAAGGCAGAUUGGCUGCAGAGGUGACCCGAAAGCUGCUGCGCGACUUGGAAUGUGUGGCAGAUCUGCUGGAUGGCUCCGAUGGCUCCGAUGGCUCCGAUGGCUCGGAUGCUUCAGAGUUGAGCUCCAGAGUCGCCGCAGUGAAAUGGCUGCUGACCAUCCUGCCAGAGUCCAUACAAACGUUGCAAAGCGGCCAUGGGUGUCAUAUGACUGAAACAGAAAUUCAGGAGCUGGUGCGAUCAAAUGUGAUGCUUUGCCCUAGAGGACGCUCAGACCUUCUCAUGAGAGUUGCCUCAAUGUUGAUUUCACUGGAUGGAAUCGAUGUGCUGAACUCACAGCAUGAGAUCAAGCGCUUCUUGCUGGAAACGGACCUACCCCUUCACAGGUUGUUAUCCAAGUCCGGCAAAGUUGGAAGAGCAGUGGUCUCCUUGCUGUUCUGUCCAGACCAUGCUGAACAACUGAAGCGUAGGGAGGUGGGGGUUGCUUUGGCUUCCAGUUUCGAGGAGCUCCUGGGCUAUGAUGUUUUGGCCUGGCGAUCUUUGAGCUCAGGUGGUGAAGCUCAUCGACUGACGGCGGCUGCACAUGCAGCGGUCCUGGAGUAUGCGCCAAAUGUCGAAAUCGUCGAGACACUUCUGCAAAAGCCGUUGCUUUUUGCCAUCUCCAAGCAAAUGACCCUGGAAGGAGCGCAGUCUGCAGAAGGUUUCCUUUGUGAAGUCUUGGAGAACGUGCCCAGUUCUGACACGCUAGUGUUGACCAUUUUGAAGAUUCUCUCCAGCACGGAUGAGGAGGUGAGCAAGGUCAUGAAACCAUUGAAUGCGAGUCUCAGAAGUGCUGGUAGAAGUUUGUUGUCCUCCAGCAAGAAUCCGUUUCUCCCUGCGCUCUACUCUGCUUUGCAGUCACAGAGUUUGGGAAACUACCUUGCAAUGGUGGCCCAUGGAUCGGCUGGAGUCGGCAGGCCAUUGCAGUUGUCUCUAGACAGCUGUACACUGCUGCAAGAUCUAUACAUCCAAUACUUCCGGCAGUCCAUGCCCGAGAUCACCAUGGCACACAUUGAGUCAAGCUAUGCAAUCCACAAAGCCAUGUUGGAUGAUGCAUCUUGCGCAGCUCUCUUUUGCAAGCUCCAAAAAGAAUCAACUCCAACUCCCAGUGACCUUGCAUUGCUGUGGUACUGCUGGAGUCAAAGUCCAGAUAGACAGUUGCCAUUUUGGGCUUUGCCCCCGGCUUCCUCGGGACCGAUUUUUGUCGCUGCCUUGAACACAGGCGUUCUCUUCGUUGAGCGCUGCAAGCCCAUGCGUUUCGGUUUGUCGGUUCUGGCCAAAUUCUUGGUUACACCUGAGACUCUGCCCUUGGGCGUCUACAACACCUUAACCGAGAAGGCACCAUGGGUCCAUGGACCCCAGGCUGACGCACGUGGCAAUUCCACUAUGAAGGUGCGGACCCUGCUGCUUGGACAGGAAGAUCAAGAGGAAUAUCCGCCUUAUUGCAUCCGCUGGCACGCUCGCGCACUGCCAAGUUCACUGCGUCAUCAAUUGCUAAGAAGGUGCCAUGGAUCAGUGGCACCUUCCCUGGACACGGCCGCACAUGACUUCUAUCCGCGGGUCAACUCAGGCAUUUCCGAGGCCAGUGUCCGCUUCAACCUUGGGCUGUUCCUGGCCCUUCGGUCCAGCAACCCAGAUUUGCAAGUUUAUUUCGAUCAUGGAGCAGAUCAUCAAAGACAAUUCGUAGCUGGAUGUAUUUUAUGCUGGUUCAAGGCAGCUGGUAUGUCCUAUCAAGAUCUCGUUCAGUGCGUUCGAUCAGAGGACCAGGCCGAUUUCAAGUUAAUUUGGGAUGAUGUUCAUGAAGCAUACAGCAGAACAGGGCCCGCCUCACUGCGCAGGAUGUAUGUGCGCGGUCCCUUGCCCACAGACAUCGACGUACGGUGGAUCGAUGAUGGUGCAAGAGAUGUUCCGAUUUUGGCGCGAACGCGUGAUUCAGCAGUUCUCACUGCGCAAUGGCUCAACAUGUUACUGCUGCAUUUCAAAUUGCCUCAUCCAGAGCCGUUUGAAACAGAAGAUUUGGUUAUUGAGUCAGCAGAUUCAGGUUUGCAAUCAGGAAAACGAUUGGAGACAGCUUUGGCGGCGAUUUCCAAAGCAGUUGGUGCUGCACUCCGACGUGACUUGUGUGCAAAAGAACCUGCAUUGGUCAUUGCUUUGGCGGACGGGAAGUUUGACACUCUGCAAUUGGUGACUCGUGUUACUGUUCUGGCAGAUUUUGUGCUUCUGCUUCGAACAAGCACAGUUCCAUCCGAAACGCCCAUGAAGAUUGGGCACUUCUUUGAGCAGCUGGUAAGUGCGCUAGCAGAGGAGCAAGAAGGAUUUGAGCCUCCAGAUGCAAACGUGGCAGCUCUUUUCGAUGCCUUCUUCUUGCUACACGGCCUGACGUCCGAGAACGAGGGUUUAGAGAUGGAGGCUUUGGCAAAGGCAUAUCAAACAUAUAACUUGCCUGUCAGUGCCCAGACCAUGGAGGAAGUGCGAUGGCUGCACGAAAACUACUAUGGUCGACGCGACAAAGCUUCUGGCAGCGUCAAGUGUCGCAUUCCCCGCUUUGCAAUGGUGUGCGACCGCAUUGCAAACAUCCAAAGACUGCAGUUGCGGAAAGUCACCUUCCAAAGGCAUUUGGAGAAGACCCAAUUUGUUGGAGAAUUGUUUGCUCAAGAUUUUGACGUCAGUCCACCUUACUUGUUGCAAAGCAACAUGCAGUUGCUUUGCUCGUUGCCAGCUGGAAAUCUUCGGAAGCGUGAGGAUUUGUCCGCAGACCUGCCAGAUGAGGCUGCUGCACGGCACGACUUGCAAUUGGACGAAGGCAGCCCUGCAUUUUUUGCAGAAGUUGGCAGCGAUGGACGCAGCAUUGGUUCCAGCACUCGCACAUAUGGCCGAUUUGAUUGGCCAGACUUGCGAAGCUUGAAUGCAUCAGAUUGGAAAGGAACAUGUCCUGUAAUCUCUGCUGGCGAUGUGGUCCAAAUUGUGUCUGAGCCAGCACAGUAUCUACACGCCGCACUUCGAGUGCGACCAGGACUGGAACCUGUCUUGUGGCAUUCUUCAAAGAGCCAGGGAUUCUUCCGACUGAGUUCAGUGAGCAAAGCAAGGACGAUUGAUGGCAUAGAUGAGCACUCGGACCAAGGGGACCAAGUUUGGAAGGCGUUUGCAACAAAUGCAGAGGCGUGGCAGUUCAUUGACCAGGCACCCAGCCCAGUCUUGGCCAUGGAUGGGUCUUACUUGCGCAAGGCGGAAGAUCAGUCUUGGGUCAUGGUCUUUCCUACUUCCAGAGACCCCUCGGAGCCACCCGUGACGUUGGGUGAUUUGACCUUGAGGUCUCGUCGUUACUUGUUGUGGCCACUUUGCCAUUCGCACAAGCUCGUGAACCUCAGUUUCAGUCCGGAAGCACUGCGGGUGUUGCAACUUCUCGUCAGUGUUGCAUGGCAGAUGUGUCUUGGAACCCAGCAGAAGAAUGACGGUCUGGCUGUGGAGAAGGCCUUAAUGGAACUGAGCGCAACCUCCAACAAGGUUGAGCAGCAAGUUUCUAUGCAGGACUUGCCGGAAAGUGACGAAGAGCUGGUUGCCGAAGUUCGCAAACUGCAGCAGUAUCAGCAGAAUGAGCGAUUUCUGGCUGAAGUCUUGCUCCGAAUUCUUUGGAAGAUGAAAUCCCAACAACGCGACGACUUGGGUGGUUUGAUUCGUGAAGAGUCGCUGCGCCGAUGGGCCACGAUGCAGGUGCCCUUCGUUCAUCAAGAGGAACCGCAUUCUCUGUCGAGUCUGGGCCGGGUCCUCCAGCGCUUGCUGGUGCCCAUUGGGUCAAAGGCUGGAAUCGUUGGAUCGCCUAUGACGACCCAGGCAUGGACACAGCUUGAGCUGAUGCUUGAGGCAUGCUAUCGUGGCGAGCACCUUCCACGAGAGAGGUGUUUGGCAAAACACAUCCAUGUGACAAAAUCAGGUUUCGCGAAGCGCGGAGUUGCAAUUCUCCAAAGCAUCUACCACGCUCAGCUUGACUGUCGCCAGCCGCCAACUGUGCAGCACUUGUCGGAUUCUGAAGAUGAUGCACCCCGUCCUGCAGAGAAGAAUGGUUCGACGUCUCCGCAACGGCGGAGCUUUGUGUCCCAGGCAAAGGCUGAUAAGGUCUACGUCGACACGCCGAUGGACAGAGACCCCGCAGCUGGGAGUAUACUCUUCGAAAGGCAAGUUGGACAUGGCCGCCCUCUCAGCAGCAAACAUGCUGUGAUGACCUUCUACGAUGAGGAUCUUCCGCUGUACUACAUCCAGCUGGAUCGCCAACGACUGAAGGUGAGCUAUUCAUCUUCAGAUGGGCUAUGCCUCGGAUAUUUGGUGCACAAAAAUGUCUUGGCAGAGCUUCUGGAGGAUGCAACGACUUCGCACUCAGGUUCGGACGGUGGUUUGCAGUUGGUGCGCAGCCUUCGCAUGAAGUUCUUGCCAUGGAUUGUGGACGUUCUGCGGUCACCUUUGCCCAGCGACACCAAGACGUGGAUUCUCAGAUGUUGCGAAAGGAUGGGAAUGGUGGCCGUGGCACCAUACCAGGAGCCCAAUCAUGUUAACCUGGCUAUUAUGGCAUUCAGCCUUUGCCGCUGUUGUCCUGCUGGCUCGGAUGCUGCACUCUUCCUCCGCAGUGUGCUCAUGAAUGCCUGGCACAUCCCCGAAGAGGUGAAGCACUUCGUGGAGCGCAAAAGCGAUGUCUACGGUGUCUACGUUGUGAAGCCUGGCACCUUGCAGAGGAUUCAAGAGCUUGGACUGCGUGUUGCAGUGCGGGACUUUGAAAGAGAGGUGUGGCAACGAAGUCUGGACAACAGUGCCAUGUACUUGGACAUCAUCUCUCAUUUUUCAAGCUACUGUUGCUUCACCUACGUGAAGGGCUUGAAGAAGUUGGAUGAUAUCCUCCUUAAGUGGCUUGCUGAAUAUACUCGUUUGCAUCCAUGGCGAUUCGUAUACCUUGAAGGAGUUGAUACAUCCUUUAACUUUCCGGAGAAUCGUGAUCGGUGUAAUUUCCGCUUCGCUCCUGCAAAUCCUUUGCACUCCGUAAGGAGUAUGGAUGAUUUGAAGAAGCUGGAGGUUUCUCAAGUACGGCCAAGCCACUUCGUGUCGUACGCUGCGCGGACGCAGCCAGCGGAAGAGCUUCAGGAUUCUCGGCGCUUGCUUGCCUUCUUCGCCAAGAACUUUGCCCCAGACAGCAGUACCGGGAGCCUGGCAGCAGAUGCUAUGCAUCAAGACACCAUGUUUUCGCAGUCGCCACCAGCAUCUUCCUACUCUCCAGACUUUCGGAGGGAGUUGGAGGAUUUACUGUUCGGCCCAUUGCCCUGCAUGAUUCUUUUGGUCUCCGCACCCGGCGCUGGGAAGACCCACCACAUGUCAGCUCUUCGGGGACGGCUGGAGGAAGAGAUGCAGUUCGACAUUCAUGAGUUUGAUGGCUCUUCUGACAUCCUGGUGACAACUGCACUUGCAGAGGUCCUGCAAAGAACUAUGACCUCACAAAGCAUGCAAUCACAGAAACUGCUCAUUCUGGACGAGUAUCACAUGCUGAGUGAUGAGCACAAGGACGAGCUCUUCGAAUGGGUGAGGGCAAAGUUGGGCUCCGAGCUGCGGGUGGUGCUCAUCGCGAACCGCAGCGACUCCAAGGACAGAGAGCGGCUGGAGCAGAUCCGCCCUACAGGGGCUUCGCAGGUGAAGGUUGCUCUCCUGCAGACACGACUCUCGCGCCUGCGGAUCCAGCAGGUCAUGGAGUCCCGUGGCAAUGCUGAAAGAUGGCGACCAGCCAUUUGCGAUUGGCUCGUUGCAUCCCGACUGCUUUUUGGAGAGGAGUCUGUCAGUCUCCGUCUUUGCGACACCUUGGAGGCCUUACUGGAGAGUCCAGAGCCAAGAGGUGCUUUGAUUGAGCUUUUGCUGCACAGGGUGCCUACAGUCUCUCGAACCAGUGCUGUAGACUUCGUGGAUGCAUAUUUGCAGCACGAAGGGUUCCGACGCAAAACAGCCUUUGGCAAUACUUUGCUUGGCUUUUGCUUUCGAGUUGCGAUGCAAGAUGUCCAAUCAGAUGAGCUUUGCAGCUUCGUGGAGUUUUUGUCGUUGACGCCAAAAGCACAUGAAGCUCCGCCAGCAGUGAGGCUCCUGGCAUGGGCAUGCUAUGUGAUGAAUGCGAAAAAGACGUGGGACUUGAACGGCUUGGCUGCCAUGUGGUCGAAGCGGCACUUGUUCGUGGACCAGGUCAAUUUUCCAUUCGAAUUGGCAGAGGAGGCGUUGGGUUAUCCGACUGGAAGUGGUCCAACUUUUUCAUGGGCUGGCGACCCAUCCUCUAUGCGAGAUCUUGUUGAUGCCGUACGUCGUGGCCAUUCAGUUGAUUGGGCAGAAGUUCAUCGAAAGGUUUGGUCUGUUGAGCACAUCAAGGACUCGGAGCUUUUUGCCCAACUACUUUCGUUGAGCCGGAACCCCGGAAUGAUUUUGCAGCAAGUUCUGCCUUCCAACCUUUGCAGUUUGCUUCGUCUCUCCAACACUGCAGCUCCUACAGCAGUUCAGCUAGCGAGAAUCAUCCUACAGAAUGCGCCUGUGGACAGCAACACCAGCAGCCAGGUUGAUCGUCCGAGAUGCUUGUCCCUUUGGACCGUGAUCCUCCAUGACCAGCAGGACUUGAACUGUGUCGAAGUCUUGCGAUUGGCCGGCGGUCCAUCAGCGUUGCUGGAAGCAUUGCUUUGGGCCAGAGACUGGGCGACAGAGCGGAGAAGCACAGCCCAGGCUCAAGCGCGGACGCGGUUGCUGCAGCAGCUUUUGGCAUUGAUGUCAUGCUGCUGUCGAAGUCCAAUUGGGGCGAAUUCGACCAAUGAGUGCAAAUUGCCGCUUCAUCAACUCAUCCUCCUAUGGACUGGAAGCUUCGGCUGCUUGUUGAAAGCGGCCACGCCACAGCAAGAGAAGGUGUGGAAAAAGCGGGAACUUGAAUCUGGUGGUGCCAUGUCUGCUGAAUUUCUUGUUCGUGGGGACUUGCCUCCAGCACUUCCACAAAAAAGGCUGUGCGAGGUGCUUCAACGAGUGGCCGAUGUCCAAGCUGAUUGGCCACAAGAGGUUCGCCUUCUGUGGCGAGUACUGCAUUCGAGAAGCACGGCGCGAGAGGUCAGCAAGCUUUGGGUUGCGGCACCAUACAUGUUGCAGGACACUUCGUCUGAGGCUCCGAUCCAUGAGAUCUUCAUACCUGGCGUAGUAGCUGCGUCAGGAACCUUGAGUCGCAGCUUGCAACGAUGCCUGUUGUGCAACAGCUGCCAGGUUCCACAAAAGGUGUCGGCGGCAUCCUUUGUUGCGGCGUGUGCAGACGCUCUGAAUGAAUUGCGCAAUGCUGAUCAACUUCGUGAAGUGCAGGUGGCGGGUCCAGGGGGAGCAGCAAUACAACGUUUGGUGCGAGAAGAACAGGAGAGAUGAUUGACGUGACUGAGCAUUCAACCCACCAUCGCCAAGACCAAAUCAUUGAAACCAAGUUCGAG